GACAGGCGCGGCGGCCUGAGGAGGUGCCUGCGCGCUCGCCGCUCUGGCUGCCCUGCUAUGGUAAGGCUGCAGCAGCGGCGGCCGAGAGAGGGGGAGCAGGUGGAGAGUUGAGAGACUGCAGUGAAGCUGCCCUGGAGACAUGGCGGACCAGUGCCUCUGAAUAAGCAAAAAACGAAGAAAAAAGGUGGGGGAGAGACGAAAAAGAGGGACGUCCCCCCUUCUUCCUCCUCCUGCUCCAGCGCCAGCGAUGCCGGGUUGAGCUCCCAGGGAGCAAAGCCAGCCGAAGGACAAAUGCCCAAAGCUAUGGCUGCAGAAGAGGUCUUGGAGACGGUGGAUCACUACAAGUCCGAGAUUGAGAGACUGACCAAAGAGCUCACAGAAACAACCCAUGAAAAAAUCCAGGCUGCUGAAUAUGGGCUAGUGGUCUUGGAAGAAAAACUCACCCUCAAGCAGCAGUAUGAUGAGCUGGAAGCGGAAUAUGAUGCCCUUAAGCAGGAGCUGGAACAAAUGAGAGAGGCAUUUGGACAAUCUUUCUCAGUCCACCGUAAAGUAGCUGAAGAUGGUGAGACUCGUGAAGAGACACUCCUUCAGGAAUCGGCAUCAAAGGAAGCCUAUUACCUAGGGAAGAUCUUGGAAAUGCAGAACGAACUGAAGCAAAGCAGGGCUGUUGUUACCAACAUUCAGGCGGAGAAUGAACGACUAACAGCGAUUGUGCAGGACUUGAAAGAGAGCAAUGAAAUGGCAGAACUGCAAAAAAUUCGGAUGAAAGAUGAAAUAAAGGAAUACAAAUUUAGAGAGGCAAGACUACUUCAGGACUAUACAGAACUUGAAGAAGAAAACAUUACUUUGCAAAAAUUGGUUUCCACACUAAAACAGAACCAGGUUGAAUAUGAAGGUCUGAAGCAUGAAAUAAAACGAUUUGAGGAAGAAACUGUAUUGCUUAAUAGCCAACUAGAAGAUGCCAUCCGGUUAAAGGAGAUUGCUGAACAUCAGCUAGAGGAAGCCUUGGAGACAUUAAAAAAUGAGAGGGAGCAAAAGAACUGCCUGAGGAAGGAACUUGCCCAAUAUAUCAAUCUAAAUGAUAGUAUGUAUAAUAACCAUAUUAAUAUCUCAGUAGAUGGAUUAAAGUUUGGUGAAGAUGGGAAUGAACCUAAUAAUGAUGAAAAAAUGAAUGGACACAUUCAUGGACCUCACAUGAAAAUGAAUGGUGACUUUCGGACUCCCACGGUUAGGAAAGGUGAUUCUUUAAAUCCAGUCUCUGAUCUCUUCAGUGAGCUCAACAUCUCAGAAAUGCAAAAACUGAAGCAGCAACUGAUGCAGGUAGAGCGUGAGAAAGCCAUUCUCCUGGCUAAUCUUCAGGAAUCACAAACACAGCUGGAGCACACCAAGGGGGCUCUCACUGAACAACACGAACGGGUCCACAGGCUCACAGAGCAUGUCAAUGCUAUGAGGGGUCUGCAAAGCAACAAAGAGCUUAAAGAAGUAGAAUUUGAGAAAGGCCGAGAUUCUGGGGAAGAAACCCAUGACUACGAAGUGGACAUCAAUGGCUUAGAGAUUCUAGAGUGCAAAUACAAAGUAGCUGUUACAGAGGUGAUUGAUCUUAAGGCUGAAAUAAAGGCCUUAAAAGAAAAAUACAAUAAAUAUGUUGAAAACUACACGGAAGAAAAGGCAAAGUAUGAAAGCAGGAUUCAGAUAUAUGAUGAACAGGUGACAAACCUGGAAAAGUCGACUAAGGAAAGCCAUGAAAAAAUGGUGCAGAUGGAAAAGGAGUUGCAAAGAAUUACAAGUGUUGCAAAUGAGAACCACAAUACUCUCAACACAGCGCAGGAUGAGCUAGUGACUUUCAGUGAGGAGCUUGCUCAGCUCUAUCACCAUGUGUGUCUGUGUAACAAUGAAACUCCUAACAGGGUUAUGCUAGAUUAUUACAGGCAAAGUAGAGUUACUAGAAGUGGGAGCCUAAAGGGACCUGACGAUCCAAGAGGGCUUCUGUCUCCACGGGUGACCAGGAGAGGAAUGGCAUCUCCAAUGGAAGCCAGGACACCAACUGAACAGAUUUCGAAAGAGAGCACAGAAGUCCACAAGGAGCAAAGUCCAACAAAGACACCCACCAUUUCUCCCGUCAUCACAGCUCCUCCUUCUUCCCCAGUUUCUGACACCAGUGACAUUCGCAAAGAGCCAAUGAAUAUUUACAACCUGAAUGCCAUAAUACGGGACCAAAUCAAGCACUUGCAGAAGGCUGUGGAUCGGUCACUGCAGCUGUCCCGGCAGCGUGCAGCAGCCCGCGAACUAGUACCCAUGCUCGAUAAGGAUAAGGAGGCCUUAAUGGAAGAAAUACUGAAACUGAAGUCCCUGCUGAGUACAAAACGAGAGCAGAUAGCAACCCUCCGAGCAGUGCUGAAAGCUAACAAACAGACAGCAGAAGUGGCCCUGGCUAAUCUGAAGAAUAAGUAUGAGAAUGAGAAGUCCAUGGUGACAGAAACCAUGACUAAACUGCGCAAUGAGUUAAAAGCUUUGAAAGAAGAUGCAGCAACCUUCUCAUCCUUGAGAGCCAUGUUUGCAACCAGGUGUGAUGAAUACGUCACACAGUUGGAUGAGAUGCAGAGGCAAUUGGCAGCUGCAGAGGAUGAGAAGAAGACACUAAAUUCUUUGCUGCGGAUGGCUAUCCAGCAAAAACUCGCCCUCACCCAACGCCUGGAAGACUUAGAGUUUGAUCACGAGCAGUCCCGGCGGAGCAAAGGCAAACUUGGAAAGAGCAAGAUCGGCAGCCCUAAAGUAAGUGAGGAGGCAUCAGCCACCGUGCCAACCAUAGACACUUUCCUCCUGCAUAGUCAGGGUCCACAGCAACCAAACACACUGGUCAGCAGUGGCACUCAGAGGAAAAGACUAUUCUCACCUUCCCCUUGUGAUCAGAGCCAUCCCAGGACUUCAGGGACCUACCUACUGCCUUUAUUAAGAACCCCCCCUGAUCACCCAUCCACAGAAUCAGUUCUUCUGAGGGGCCCCCCCUCCAUGAAUGAAUUCUUCCAUGGGCACCGUCUCAGCAAGGAAAAAAGGUUAACCGUGGCCAUCCCAGCAAAAAAAAAUUGUCAGCAGCCUGCUGCCUCCAUACCGCCACACGGCUCACAACUAGCCAGGAGGCGAGACUGCCAGACUGUCAGUCCUGAUGUAGCUCUUCCAGAAGAACAGCCACAUUCCAGCUCUCAGUGUGCCCCCCUCAGCUGUCUACCUAAGCCUCCUCCUUAAUCUUAAUUCAUAUGCAACCUAAGAGUUGGGGGAACCCCCAUAACACAAACUGAGUCAGAGUUCUCAUAGCAGAAGUACCGUUUACGCUGAAGGAACCAGUAGGCAUUUCUGCCUUGUUGCUGCAUCGAUGAGUCGGGUCGUCUGUCUGCAGUCUUAACAACUGAGGAUGUAUGGAAAAGCAUAAAGCACAGUGCCCAAACUGUUCAAAGAAGAUCUUUAAGGUUCCUCUGGUUAUAUCCAGAUAUUCACGGCUGCAGUUUGGAAGUCAAAACAUGUUCCUCCCAACCAUUUGGCAUAUACUGCUGAUAUGCUGAGAACCUAAACCACUACUGAAGUAUGUUAUAAAGCUUAAUUUUGACAGUUCUACAACCACCAACUCCAGUUUUCCUUUUACAGUUUUAAAGGAUGUUCUGUAACUUUAUUUUCACCAUAUUUACACCAUGAGUUUAUGUUUAUUAGAAUGCAGUCCAUGUUGUGUGAGUGGUUUUUUCCCCAUUUUUAAAGCAAUGCAAAUAUUGUUUAUGUGGGACUUAAUAUUUUUUUAAUUAAGGUUUUAUUUUGUAAUUGAAAACUGUUCACUUGGCCAAAGAGUUUGGUCUGGUGUUUUAUUUUUCCUUAAUUGCACAAAAAAAUGUUGAAAGUGAGUUGAAUUGGAAUGUGAACUUUGGGAGCAUUCCGGAGAAAUAGAUGUGCCUACGUUCCAUUGAAGCAAACAGGUACACAAUAAAACACUUAAAUCCCAUCGAUUUCAAUGGAAUCCUGGCAUACCUAACUUUCUCUGCAUUGUGCCCAUUGACUUGUACCUUUCUGCUGCACUGGUAUUGUUUAUGCACUUGUUUUAUAACUAAUAUGAUGUUAGCUGCUGGUUGUUGUUUUACUACUUUGCUGGAAUAUGAUUAAGCCUAUGAUGGAGUUCAUUGAACAAUGCAUUGAUAUUUGUUUCCUUGAGGUUAACUUUUGUUUUUUGGGGUGGGGUUUUGUUCUGUUUUGGUGACUUCUCCUCACUUUUUUUCACAUUUCAGACAAGAUGAUGACUUGGUGCUGUUCCUUUUUUCUGUUUGGUAUCCUUACAAAACAAAUGCAAAUGAACUUGAAGUAUACAUGCUGUUUUAUUAUAAUAGAAUUGUUCAAAAUGUUCCUCACUUGCUGCUCCCAAAUUCAGUGUUACCAGGUUAAGGCCUUACCUUGGCAAAAGAAUGGGGAAAAUAAGAGUUAAAGUAUGACAAGGAUAGUACAUUUCCAGCUGCAUUCAGUGGUGAAACUUAGCUGUGCAGAUGGGGUUGAAGUCUUGGACUGAAGAUAAUAGUUUCUGCUCUAGUGCAUCCUUUUCUUGCCAAAACUCUUAACAACUAUAGAGAUCUAGCUCAUUGUCAGUUUUACGACAAAUACUCAGGUGACACACAGUACACAGAUUCUGUUUUCACCACAUAUGGUGUUCCUGCUGUAAGAUCCUCUCCUGUAACAGCUGUUCUGAAGAGUGAUGGGUGUAGAGGAAAAUGAGGGAUCAUCAAAUUUAUUUUGUACAAUGCCCAGAAGGAAGUCAGAUUGCUGACUAGUCUUCAAGUCAUCACUUGCAGCCUUCUGCUGGGUUCCCAAGGAGUCCCAUCACAGCUAAUUAGCGGCAUUUUUGCUUUCAAUCAGAUAGCUUUAAUAAUACAUUUUAAAUUAGGAAGAACUGGGCAGAUUAAGGUAUCUUUUUCUGUUUCACUCAAGUAAUGUAGAUGAGAACCAUGGGACAGAAAUAGUAAAAUGGCUUGAGCCAUGCAGCCACUUUCAAAGAAAUCAAAAGUAUCUGGAAUGAUUUGCUGUAAGCCAUCUAAAUUAGGAAGAAACUGAUACAUUUUUACCAAAAUGGGAGGGAGGCAGAGUGGAACUUUAGCCAAGGACACUGGAAAUUCAAGGUGGCCAAUCCUUGUGCCUAAUUAUCAUUAUCAUAAAACCAGUAACCAAGGUGCUAAACACAGGAUCAUCCUAAUCAGCAAUUCAUGUAAUAUAAUCACAACAGAGCAGUUAAGCUUUUCUAAGAGUUAGAGGUGAAAUGUAAUUUACCAGUGGAAUCCUCACACCACUUGAAAGUGACCUCUUUUUCCUCCAUAAAGGUAAAUAAGUGGUACUACAAGAACAUAAUUAAAUGGAAACAUUGACUUUAAAUGGCUUGUGUGUGAUGGUCAAACUCAUCUAUGGUUCUGCUGUUAGAAAACUAACAGCUCUUUGAACUCAUUCACGUAUUUCCAUGUGGUUUAUCUUGUGCUACUUUAAACAUUUUAAUGCUCUACCUUAUGCUUGUAUUCUUAUGAAACAAGGGAAUGUCUACAGUUAUUUUGUUUUAGCAGCAGCUAGGGCUGCUACCUCCAGCUUCAUACAGAGCUCUGCCUUACAAACACAAACUACUAUAAAGGAGCAUGUUGUUGACCUAGCAGCCCUUCCUAGUCUACCGAGGACUUCUGAUACAAAUAUUUUGUCUUCACCUUACCUCUGGUUUGUCGUCCUAGGUUUUAAAGUGACAGGAACCGUACAGCAGAGGUGGCAAUCUUGCCAGUAUGAUAUUGACGAACAAUGAAACGAGCCCUUUGCAGUGUUUUUUUUUAAAUUGGUGCGGUCCAGCUCUAGUUAUGCAUGUUAAUUUCACAUAGAGGCAUGCUAAGCAUAUGCUUAAAGCUCAGCCACUGAAACAAUAGGCCUUAAAAAUGCCUAGCUUUGGCUGGACCAUGCUCUUUAUUUUUAGUUAUUUUUUUUAUUUAUAUUCUGUCAAAGAACUAUGUCAACAGGGCCAAGAGGGCCUCAGAUUACUUGGCCUUCCGAGGCUAAAAUAUCCCAGAUAUAAAGACAUGAGUGCUGCUGCAGAAGCUGUACUACAGCUGGUGACAGUUAUUCUUACCAAACAUCUUUCAGAAUAAUAAAAGCAUCUCAUCGAAAUAAUUCCAGUGAAAUACAUUUAAGGCUGUAGUCCUAUGGACAUUUACACAGGAAUAAGCCCCGAUGAACACGGCAAGACCCGACUUUCAAAUAAAAAUCAUAGGACCACAUUGUUAAGCUUCAGUCUUGAGCACCGCUGCUCAGAGGUACGUUCCACCAAAUGCCAGCAGGCUUACCUCCAAGCAAAUGUGUGGAGACCAUCGGUUUCUUUUUCCGAUAGAUUGUAAUUGUAAUGUGAGGCAGGGAGAUUAUUAUUUUGAAAGGUCUAUUUUGGGAGCAUUCAACAUACUGCCAAUUAGUUAGGCCAUAUCUUUUGAACUUUUAUUUUGUGUGGUUUAAGGAAUAAUUCAGAAUUUGAAUGUCGAAAGUAAUAUGGCUGCAAUCCAGAGAUAGUCAAUUGUACCAUGCAAAAUGGUGAGGUUACUGCGUUCCCAUCAUUAGGACUGAGAUAAUAUAUACCUGUUCAUCCACAUUGUGCAAAGCCAGUGUGGGGAAUCUGUUUUGGGUUUCCACUGUGCAGUAGUGGAAUCCAGUGCAUGGUAUAUGUACAAAACAUGCUUCGGGAUGUGAGAGGUUCCUACUGUAUGCCUAAAGCAAUGGCAAGGUCAUAAUAAUUGUUAAGCAGUGAAUUGCCUGGAAUGCACGAUCAAGAACCCAAAGUAACUGUGAACAUUAUUAGAUAUAACAAAGUAAGUAAUGGUGCUCAGAAGACCUCCACUGCAGUCUUCAGCUAUUUAUAGGCAAAGGGCACUUUCUAGCCAUGAAAAACAUCAAGCUUUUUUAUUGGAGUAUUUAAAACUUAGCUGAUACUUUGCCAACAAAAUUGGUUUGUGUUGGUGCAAUCUACACUGGACUUAAACCUAAUUGCAAAAGAGGAGUGAGUCAACAUUUGAUUAAUAGGCAAUCCUCGAUUACUGAAUCCGGUAAAGCUCAACCUAUUAUCUAAUUCUUAUUAAGGCUACAUAUGAUCCCUUACUUAUUCUCCUGAUCUGGUGACUGUUGUGCAGCUGUUUCAUUUUAAAUUAUUUUGUUUUCUUGAGUUUUAAAUGUAUAGUUAUUCCAGAAUUCCAGGCACCGAGGUCCUAUAUAAGAAGCACAGCCACUUCCUUACAUCUUAUGUUAAAUUUGGAUUUUUUUUCUUCAGAAUUGCUUGCAAUUAUAGAUUUAGUAUACCAGAAAGGGUAUAUAUUCAGAAUUUUUCCUCCAUUUAUUAAAAAGUUUGGGUUGCUAUUCUACAUAAAAUAAAGAAAAGCAAUGAAUUGCAUUUAGCCUUAAGGCAGAAUGCAUCUAAAUAUGCAAUAUAAAAAGCUUGCAUGAUAUAAUUUAAUGAGCCCUUUUCCAUAACCCUGAUAAUGAAGCUAGAUAAUUUUUAUUUCAUGAGAUUAUUCUUUACCCGCUCCAUAUUGGAAAUGCACGUCUGAUAUAACUUUCAUCAAGAGAUGCACGGCUUAAAUCCUCAUUACAUUUUAAUCUCUCUCCUGCAGAGCUCUUGAAAACCCCCUCUAUUAAAUCAGAAGGCAUCAGAGUGAUAAAUUGACAAGACAAGGAGAAAAAAAUAAUAUGUAGCUGUGAUUGGAGUUAAUUUGCUUGUCAGACUCUGGAGGGAUGAGGGCCUUGUGUUUCAUUUAGAGCCUUGAUAUGAAGGUACAUGUGCUGCUCGUUGUUUUUAUGCACUAAUAAAAAUCACAGUGAUUGUUUUGAUAUUUUGCAGCAUAAACAGAUUUUGUUUUCCUUGAAAAGUUGAUUUUAUUAUUAAAUCUGUAUUGGGAAUUUAUUAAAAUAGUUUAGUACAAAUGUUAGGGGGGAAAUCUUGCCAACGAGCUGUGAGAGAAAGAAGGAAGUAAGAAUAAUCUAGCUUUUAAAAAUUACUUAUUCAUGGGUAUGGCUUUGUGCACCAUAUCUCUGAAUAAACUACACCUCACUAGUUAUAGACCUUCAAACCCUGUGGUUUGACUGUUAAAGGGUUGAUUAAAUUGAUCCUUUGUAAAAAAAGAAAAGAAAAAAAACUUAAAAUCCUGAUGUUUUGUGACUUUUGUAAUCUAUGAAUGUUCCCCUUUGCAUGAAUAUCCUAAUCUAAUCAACCACAGAAAAGGAUGUAUUGUGUUAUAUUCCAGAUGGUUUAAAUACUGGUGCAGUUUGAGUUAAAACCUGAUUUGUAUGCAGUAUAUUAGCCUGCUGUAAAAGUUGGCCACUCCUAAACUGAAUUGAAGUUCUGUAGUAAUGCCUUUUUGAGGUUGAAUGGAGUAUUUCUAGAUCAUGGAGAAUACAGAUAGAUGUGCUCAUUGACUUAAGGAUUGAAUGUUUGAAACUUUUCUUGUGUUACAACUCUGAUUUACUAGAAUAUCAGAAUAUUUACUAAUUCUGGAUUCUAAAACCAUUUGUUCUGAAAACUCUGAAAUAAUUGCCAUGUCAAAUUCUCUUCUCUCCUGGUCUAUCUGUAGACAAUUCUAGAUGAAUUGAUUUGUGAGGGACUCAUGUGCUUGUACAUGUAUUGUAUGAUUAUACAGGUUGAAUGGUUCAAAAACUAAGACACUCCAGAAUGGAAGAAACUAA